UCUAUUGAAAAUGUUACGAAAACUUUAUUUAUUAUUUCUUAUUUAUUUCGAACUUAGUUUGUGCUACGAUUAUGAUAGUGAUGCAGGGUAUAGACGGAAGAAACCAAGAUUAGCAAAAAAUAUUAACAGGCAACAAGUGGGCAGGGAUUAUUAUAACUCUUUUCGAAGAUACCAAAAUGCUUUUGAAGACGUAGCGCCGGGUGAGGACCGCGGGGCGCUGGCGGGGCUCGACUCUGUCAACUUGGUACAGAAGCCAGAGGACGUUUCAUCCAUUGAUUCCCUUUAUCUGCACAAACGGAAACUGAAACAAUCAAACCACUAUGAUCCUCAAAAAAACAUGGUGAAUAAUGACUACAUUAACGACUAUGCACGAAAUGAAAUACCAAGAAAAAACACGAUGAGAAGAGAUAGUCUGGCUUCAAUGUCUUCCGACACUGAAAAAGAUGAGUCAUACGUUCAGCAAGCGAAAAAAAGACAAAAAGAGCACCACGCAACGGUAGAACUUCCUGUUGAAGAAAAAUAUGCUAAAUCUAUGCGGUCCAGAUUUCAAUUUCCGUUCUUCUCCCAUAGUAUAUAUUUGAAUAGAACAGAAGACAAACCUAUGAAGAAAAAACCCACUAAACGAAAAAUUUACUUCCGAAUCGAAGAUCCAUCCUCACCUCAAGAUGCACCCACUCCUACAGAAAGCGGACUAAAUGCUACUGCUGCAAUAGUUGACAGCCCAGAGUACUUAAAUAAAGAAUUAAGGAAAAGAUCUUAUGCGGAAAAAUUAUGCCCUACGUGCCUUAAAAAGUACUUGAAUGCGAAAGACCGUUCUAAACGCUCUGACGAGACAAUUCACAAUAGCAGACAUUUUUUUCAACUAAACAAUGAAUUGGGAAAUGUUACGGAGACAGUAUCGAAUAGCUCUACUACAGACGAUAAACAUCCUGAUGGAAAGGCUGCUGAUGCUGAACGAAUAGACUCAAAAGUUGCCGAAAAUUUAAAUGGAAUCAAGAAUGAAAAGUUGGAGAAAACCAAACGAGACUUGACAGAUUUACUUAAUUCAAUCCAAUUAGUACAACUGAAAUUCAACAAUGAUAAACAAAUUAGAGAAGCUAAUGAAAUAAAACGUCAUAUUGAUAGUGUUACAGUUGCCGAUUUAAUUGGAGACAAAGAUGAACUGCUAUCUAAAAACUCUGAUGAUACAAAAAAUCAAAAUUAUGUUACAAUGACUGACUUGAAAAAAGGAAGAAAAAGAAAACGUUCUCUCGCUGCUAUAAAGCAAAGACUUUUUGAUGAACUUAAUGUGGUUCAGUCUAGAGUCGAAGAGGCUAGUAUAGUUGAAGGACAAAACAAUACUGAAGAACAUGAUAAUAAUAAGAGUAGAAUGAAAAGGCAUGGCGCUCAAAUGUCAAAUGCUGAACAAAUAAAUAGAAAUAAGGAAGAAAAAACAAUACAUAAAAAUACAAAUAGUGGGAAUAUCAGGAAACGUAGAUUUGAUUCAGAAUCUGAUAAAUUGAGUCAAGCUGAUUUAGAUGUACCUGUAGAGCAGUCCAAUGACUGUGUUCUUUUACCUCAUCAAUCUAUGCAGGGUUGAUGUCGCAUUAAUGAAGUGCCUAUAACAUAUAAUAAUAAUAAUAAUAUUUAAGAAUUGUAGUUUACAUGGUUUGUUGAUUAAUCUUAUUUUAGAGUAAACAUUAUUAUUAAAA